AUGAAGAUUUAUCAUCACAGAAGACUUGUUUUUGGACUGAGAUGCAGCCCAUUCCUACUCGGAGCUGUGAUUAACAACCUUUUAGAAAAUUUCCCUCAAGAAUAUUGUGCCAUUGUCGAAAUAUUAAAAAAAUCUUUCUACGUAGACAAUUGUAUAACGUCUGUUGAUAUACAAGAGGAGCUUUCUGAGUUUGUAAAUGGAGCUACAGAAUUGAUAAAAUUAGGAAACUUUGAACUUCGAGGAUGGGAAAAUACUUCAAAAGAUGCUGAUUCAAUACCAUCUCAUGUUCUAGGAUUUUUGUGGGAGCGUAAAGAAGAUCUAACCUCUAUAUCUAAGAUAGAUAUUACCUGUGAGCCUGUGUCCAGAAGGAAUGUGUUAUCUUGCAUCCUAAAGGUUUUUGAUCCAAUUGGAUUUACUUGCCCAGUAACUAUUGUUCCUAAAUUAUUAUUGCAAGAAACAUGUAGAAAAAAGUUGAGUUGGGAUGAACUGCUACCCAUGCAUGCAGAGAAGAAAUUUAGGCAAUGGUUAAAGGACUUGGCUCAUCUAAAUGACAUAAAAAUUCCACGAUAUGCAAUCCCCAUAGAAUUCAGAGGAUAUUGCCGCAUGCAUACAUUUUGUGGCACCAGUUUAUCAAGCUAUGCAUGUGUGGUUUAUUUGAGAUCUAAAUGA